GGACGUGGGAGGCCGCAGAUCCCCGCUGUGGGUGGGGAUGGAGUCAGUGAUGGGGUGAGGAGGGCAGGAUGUGGGGCUGUGUGGGCUGGCGCGCUGUUCGGGGUGCACCAGAGACCCUACGACCCCCCAGUGUGCCCCAGGACCCCCGGCACCUACAUGGCCCCUUGCAAAGGGGCUGCCAGGAGAGACAGGCUGUGCCAGGGAGCCCUGUUGGGUGUCCUUGCUCUCACCCCAGCGAUGGAGCGUUGCUGACACCACCAGCCCCAUGGCUACUAGUCCUGCAGUGCUCUUGGCCCCAUUACUCUACUGGCAGGCCCAUGCUAUUCAUGGGUGCUAGCCAGGCUGGCGGCCUGGUGGAUCUGCCCUUUCCAUCCUGGUCACGUCAGCAGUGCUGUGCACAGGAAGGAGAUGCACAGGAAGGAGAUGCACAGGAAGGGAGACAGCAGCUUCUCUUUCCACCUGGCACCCUCAUCGCAGCCAUUGUUUUCUGGGAAAAAAAUCCACCUCUUGGCUGGCUGUCAGCAAAACAACAGCUUUCUGUGGAAACACAGCCCCUCUGUAUCCCUGGACCUCCUGGGCUGCUGGGAAGGUGUCCUUCAUCUUCACGUGUGGAAACAGCCAGAGUGCAGCCUGUUUGCUGCAUUGUGUUACACUACAGCUCAGAAAAGCCUGGCUCUGGCUUUUUCCUGCUCCUGCAGUUCUGGCUGAUGAGUUUGGACCUUGAGUGGGACCAGAUGUCCCAUUGUCUGGUUUUUAGGGGGAAAACCUCUCAUUUUCUGUGAGUCUGCAGGACAGCUCUCAGCUGCCAGCAGCUGGGCUGGCACUUGAGAGAGCUCUGUGAGGUGUCUCAGUCCAUCAGAGCAGCUCAUCCCACAGCGAGAUGUGCCUCUGAGCACCAGAGCAGACUGUGGUGUCAUAACUGAUGGGACCAGCACUGCUGCUGUGGCCCUGCAGCCUCCUGCCAGCCCAGGAUGUGGCUACAUGGAGGUGAAGUGUGUCGUCUUCAACGAGAAGUACAUGAACUGCACGUGGGGGAGCAGAGAGACACUCAAGGCCAACUACUCCCUCUACUACUGGUACAGGAACACAUCCAACAAGGUGGAGUGCAAGCAUUACCUGCAGGACCAGGACAUCAGAGUCGGCUGCCACUUCAAACAGAACGAGAUCAUCCAGUUCCAGCCUUUCCACGUCCUUCUCAAAACCAGCAUGGGCGGCAGCACCCUGGAGAUCAGCAAGCGCAUGGAGCUGCAGGACCUGGUGAAACCAGACGCGCCCGUCAACCUGACCAUCCACAACAUGAGCAACAACCAGCUGCAGCUGACCUGGGCCACCACAUACCCCAAAGCCAAGUGCCUGGAGCAUGCCGUGAAGUACAAGAGCAACAAGGACACCGACUGGAUGGAGAUCUCGGUGAAUGGAGAUGUCUUCUCCUUACCCAGCGUGGACUACAAGAAGUUCUACACCUUCUAUGUGCGCAGCAAGGUCAACAAAUACUGUGGCAGGACCCAGCUCUGGAGCGAGUGGAGCGUUCCCGUGGUCUGGGGCAGCAACUCCACCAGCAAGAGCACAGUCCACUGGUCCUGGAUCCACACGGUCUUGAUCCCCAUUGCCUCCUGCCUGAUCUUGCUGGUCCUUGUCAUCCUGCUGGUGCGCAUGGAAAGAGUAUGGGUCAUCCUAAUGCCCCGAAUUCCCAACCCCAGCAAGAAUUUCGAUGAGCUCUUCAUCACCCACAACGGCAACUUCCAGGAAUGGGCGGGAGUCCCCAAGGACGUUGUGGAGAGCUUCAAGCCCAACUACAGCGAGAACAUCUGCUAUGUGAGUGAGCUGCCACCCAAGGACAGCUACGAGCCCCUCUGGGAGAGCAGCAACCCCCCACCAUCUGUGAUGCCUUCGGCCUCACCUGCCCCCAGUGAGCACAGCCCCUACAAGAACAGCUAUGGGAGAGUGUGACACACUCCUGCACCCCUGCACCCCCCACGCUCCACAGCUUUGCUGCCAAAACCUCACUGCUCUGCAGGCCCUGCUCCCUGCUCCUGCCAUGCCUCCCCCAGCUGCCCCUGGUUUUGCUUCCUGCCAUGGCCACACUCAGCCCCCCAUGACACAGGGGCUGCACUGCAGUGCAGGUGCUGGGGGAGCACGGUGUGCGGGGUGCCCUGGGGGCUGCACUGGGGACACUGGUGGUGCACUGGUGCCCACAAGCACACUCAGGGAUGUGUCCUGGCAAGCAGGCAUGGGCCACUGGCAAACUGAUGGGGACAUGGGGGAUGAGGAGUGCCAGGGAGACCACGAGUGGAAAAAUAAUGGAAGACACCUGAAGAGGAUUGUAAACAUGUUCAGGUGACUUGCAGCUGGGUGUGGAAAAACAUAUAUACCAUACUCUUAGUUGUUUAGCCUUGCGUGUUUGGCAAGUAGAACUUCUGUGUUUAGAUAACACAGGCCUGUGAUAGACUUAGUGGCACCUUAUUUAAGAUGCUUGAGAUUCCUGCCCUGCUAUGGGAAAGAUCAAAUCACAGUGGUAAACCAGGACUGCACAAAUCCUUGAUGAACAGGCAAAAACAGCAGGUUCAGUGAUUCUCCAGCACAGGCCAAGCUCCACAGUACCUGCAUCCCUGCUUGUCUGCCUCUGCCCAGGUGCUGCUUGGGGGAUCCUCCAGUCCUCAAGAUAAUGAAAAUAAAUUUCCUCUUUGCCUUUCA